CACUACAACCACGUCAUGUUCCACAAAACCAACCGAUUCAAUCUCCACAACAACACUCUCCCCCUCACGCACUCACUCUUCCAAACAACGAAAGAAGAUUUCAUCUCUUCUUAUAGAACAAAAAAAUCAUCGUCGUCCUCUUACUCAUCAUGAAGCUAAAGGUGGUCAUCAAGGUCGCACUGGAUGACCAGAAGUGCCGCACAAAAGCCAUUAAGACUGCAGUUGGAGUUAAUGGAGUAACACAAGCAUCACUUCAGCAGGAGAAGAGCCAAAUAGAGGUUACGGGAGACGACAUCGACGUGGUUUUGCUGACCACUCUGCUCCGAAAGAGCUUGAAGCACGCAGAAGUGGUGAGCGUGAGUCCCAUUGAGAAGAAGGAAGAAGACAACAAAACUGAAGUUGCUCAGCUCCUUUGGCAUCCUUACGUGACCACAGAAUCUUAUUACCAAAUGCCAGAGCCUGGAUACGUGUCGUACAACCAUGCCUACCACUACCAGCAACCCUCCUCUUGCUCCAUUAUGUAAUUUUUUUCUGACAGAUAAUCUAAAGAGAAAACUUCUCUCGCUGUUUGAUCUAAUCCCUCUCUUCUUCUUUUUCUUUUUUAAUCAGUCAUUAGAGCUUCUACUCUUUUUUUAAUUCUGUAAUUUUUUCCUCUGAGAGCGAUCCAAAGAGAGAAGGGUGAAAAGGGUCGUGCUUGCUUAGUUAUUAUAUAAUGUAUCUAUACCUCUGGAGACUGAAGAUGGACUUGUUAAAAUUAACACAGGCUAAUUAUGCUUUUUGAACUA